GUACGCUGCACUGUGCCGGGCUGCUGCACAUGGAGCCCAGGAGCCCAGGAAGCACCCACGCCGCAGCUACAGCAUCAAUGGCCAGUCCAAAACAUCCUGGGACCACACCCUCAACCAAUGAUGAGGGCGCCGUCUGGGAUGAUGAUGACGCCUGGAACCCCUCAGAUGGUUCCUGUUGGCUUUAUGAAUGGAGAGAUUUUGUUUGAGCAGGUACAUCCCUUAAUGUCUGCAGCUCCUCCCCAAAACAUCUUCACAUCAAUUAAUUCCAGGAAGACCGAGCACGUGCGGGAUCGGCCGUACAUAAAGAAACCGCCAAAUGCUUUCAUGUUGUUUGCUAAUAAGUACAGAGAAAUAGUCACCAUGCAGCUGGAAAAGAGAGACAGCGCAUCUGUUCACGUGGCUCUUGGUAAAAUGUGGAAGCUGCUGCCGCAGGCGGAUCGGGAUAAAUACUACGAAGAGGCAGAUGCUCAGAAACGACGCCACGCUCAGCUAUAUCCUCGCUGGUCCACGUGUGAAAACUAUGGGAAACGCAGGAAGCGGCGGAAAAGCAAACUUCCCACCAAUGUUUCAAAGGAUACGCCGGAUCCUGAACUUCCACACGCCAACAGUAUGAGCAUGUGUCUUGCCCCGGUGCAGUCAGGCUUGAUGGGGUCUGAAGAACUGGACUCUUCGUCAGCGACGACUGGUGCGGACACGCCAGAGACGAUGCAUUACAGCUCCCAACCUCCUUCAGCGCUCAGUUCUGAAGAGUCGGUGGAUGCGGCGACGCUGGAAGAAAAGUUUACACAGCUUCCAUGCGUCAACAAUGACAUUUCGAUUGCUCCUGAUGGACAGACGCAGGGAGAGGCUCUAGAGAAUGAUCAGGCGCUCAAUCUCCUAGAUUGCAUGCUUCUGUCCCCUGCGUCUCAGAUAGAGCUCCAGAGCGUCGGGGAUGGGUUCCAGUUGUUACUGGAACAUUUUGAGCCUGAGCCCCUGGCAGUACAUGCCGAGACUGAGGAGUCCGGUAAGGUUCUGGGUUUAGAGGAAUCCCAACAGUUCAUCAUCAAGCUAUUUGACAACCCUGCGCUACCAGGGAACAUAAAAGUAGAAACUCAACUGGGCCCGGCUGUGCAGGGUCACGCCAUAACAGGCUCCUCCAAGCUUCUGAGCAAAUACAGCCAAAGGAUGGUGGCAGGGGCCAUGAGACCUGAGGUAAAUGUCCAAAUACCACUGGAACAUCUGGAACUUCCUGCCUCCAUGGCAGUCAGUGUUAAGGAAGAUGCCCAACUGCCCCUCGCCAUACACGGUCAGGAAAUAGCCCAAAUGUCCAUUGCCCAUGCUGUGCAUUACCACGCAGCAAAGACCAAGUCCGCCAGUCUCGCCAUUAAAGACGAAGAUCUCCAAAUACCAACAGGGAAUGUGGGCAAUCAACUUACCUCCUCUGCUGGACAGUCAUGGAGCUUUAAGGAAGAGAAACUUCCUGUGCAGAGUCAGAAAAUAAGGUUGUCCAUUCAGUCUCUAGAAAACCUUUCUGGACCACUGCCAUAUUUCCAGAGCCUGUCCGCUGCAGAAGAGUCAAGAGAGGGAGACCUCCUCCAGUGUCUGAGUCUUGGUGACGAGCUCCAGUUAUCUCCUGAGCUGCAUUAAGUGUCCUGCUGGAGGAUGGAGUGUCUAUGAAGUUGUGAUUGGCUUUGCGUCUGUUGAUGCGGGACACGUGGGGACAAGGAAUGCACCGAUGUUUACACCAGGAGUCCAUCACGGCAACUAUCAAGGUACAGGCUCGCUUAGAAGGUGACCCAGGAGAGGCCUGCCCCACACAUUGGAAAACCUCAAAUAGAUAAUGGCUGGAGUAGAUGAUCAUCUUCACUGACUGCUCGGCUAUUUGAAGGAAAACAGGCAGUAGAUAUGUUCCUUACUAUGUUUCACUAAGCCAGGGAUGAACACCCUUCAAUGGAAUAUUCUCAACUGGAUGAUGCCCGCAGCUGGAAAUUGGGUGAGUCGUCAUUCAAAUGAAUGAUGCAGAUUUGUUCACAUGUAAAAUAGAACGCUUGAGCUUUGUGAAUAUGUACAGUAGUGUUACUUUGCUAUCUGUCAUUAACCGUUCCUUGUAUGUACGCAUCGGAAAGUACAACAUAAGGUUGUAAUUUCCAUUUUAUUCUAAUAUGUUAUUUAAUUGUAUGCUUAGCUGCAAAACAAUCUGUCAACUUUUCACAUGACUGCAUUUUUGAUAUAAGAGAUAUACAUGUAUUUUUGUAUCAAAUUUCUUAACUUUUAUGGCGCCGUAAUGUGCAAAAGGAUUCCGUUUUCCAAAGAGAUACACAUGUAUUUUUGUAUCAAAUUUCUUUAACUUUUAUGGCUCCGUAACGUGCAAAAAAAUUUAGUUUUCCAAAAAGAUAUACAUGUAUUUUUGUAUCAAAUUUCUUGAACUUUUAUGGCUCCUUAAUGUGCAAGAGAAUCCAGUUUUCCAUUCUAUAGAUAUGUCCUAUGUUUCCCCACGAUAAGUAUGGAACGUGUCAUUGACAAAAUCAAUUGAGGUCCUCUUACCAACACUUGGGGUUUUGCACACCUCAGAAAUCGAUAAAAGGGGAUGGAAAUAUUUGUCAGACCGGGGGACAUGGUCUCAUAGUUUCUCCACGAUGACAAAACACUCAACAGCUUGUUUCCUUACACCUUCAUCCUUUAUGACCCACUGUGACCUUCUCAGCUUGCACACGACUAUGUUGGUAUGACUGCUUUGACUGAAUUUCAAGUCUACUUUUUUUCUGAACGCUGUACAUUCUAUUCUGUAUAUUUCCUGUAUAUCUGCCUUUGUAUACUAUGUAUAUACACUCGCUUUUGCUGCAAUGUAACACUAAAGAGACACGAAGAGCCUGAAUCAUCUUCCAUGUGUGUUUUAAACUUACUGGAUGAAUAAAAGAUUUAGACGGGA